GAAAGGCCCCCGCUCCUUGUCACUAGGCAAGCAGCAUCGCAUAGGACGCCCAGAGACUGGCUGGUGAAAGGAGGAUGCGUGGUCUGGGGUGCUCCCAGGUAGCCACUCCGCGCAAAGAACCCGGCUCUUCGUAUGCAAGAACAUAUAUAUGCAUCAGUUGCGCUUCACACUCAGCACCAUCUCAUGCCCUUGAUGCCGCGGGUACCCCGGCGCAUUCCACAGUGAUCGUGUGGCGACAAUGCGAAGAUGCAAAAAGUCAGAAGCCGGUAAUGUUGCAGCGGUUCUUCUAAACAUGUUGCAAGGGUUUCAUGAUUGCGGCUUGACGCUUGUUGUUGCUUCAUUAAAGACACGCGAACAUCGACAUGCUCGCUGGCGCACCUUUCGCACCAACCUUGGGGGCCGUGCGCAUUGGGACGCGGAGUCUCACUUUUUAAAAGGAGCGGUAACGUACAAGAAGUCUAUGUGAGCUCUCGCAAAGCGACCGUGCGGAGCAUGUACCUGUGCCGCUUGCCCAGCUGAAGGUUUUGAUGCAAGCAUGGAUCGUCAAUGACCUGUGCGGUAUGAGAGACUGGGAGGGCGAGAGAGAAGGCGGAGAGUGGUGGCAUAUACCAGACGCGUCGAUGCGUCGUGUGAUUCCAUGACGCAACUCGCGGCCGGAAAGUGAGGAGUCACGGGCCUACUAUCCGCGACCUCGACCGAGCAGCAUUCUC